AUAAUUUCACAAAUCGACACCUUCACCUUCGCCUUCGCUUCUCUAAUUUCCGAGAACACUGAAAUUUACUGAUCCUCCAGUUUUGUCAGAGUAACCAUGGCUUCAGAUGCGGAUAUGGAAGAUUAUGGAUUUGAGUACUCUGAUGAGGAGCCUGAGGAGCAAGACGUUGAUAUUGAGAAUCAAUAUUACAAUUCCAAAGGUUUGGUAGAAGCAGACCCUGAAGGAGCACUUGUUGGUUUUUCUGAAGUAGUUAGCAUGGAGCCUGAAAAGGCUGAGUGGGGAUUCAAAGCUUUGAAGCAAACUGUAAAGCUCUAUUACCGUUUAGGGAAGUAUAAAGAAAUGAUGGACUCAUACAGGGAGAUGCUAACAUACAUCAAAUCAGCAGUGACACGAAAUUACAGUGAAAAAUGUAUAAACAAUAUUAUGGACUUUGUUUCUGGAUCAGCUAGUCAAAAUUUUGAUCUCCUGCAAGAAUUCUAUCAGACCACUCUUAAGGCCCUUGAAGAGGCAAAGAAUGAGAGACUUUGGUUUAAGACAAAUCUAAAGCUUUGCAAGAUCUGGUUUGAUAUGGGCGAGUAUGGGCGAAUGAGCAAGAUUUUGAAGGAACUUCACAAAUCAUGUCAAAGGGAAGAUGGUACAGAUGAUCAGAAAAAGGGAAGUCAGCUUCUGGAGGUAUAUGCAAUUGAAAUUCAAAUGUAUACGGAGACAAAGAACAACAAAAAGCUCAAGCAAUUAUACCAGAAAGCACUUGCUAUCAAGUCUGCUAUACCACAUCCACGGAUCAUGGGAAUAAUCCGUGAAUGUGGUGGCAAGAUGCAUAUGGCUGAGCGUCAAUGGGCUGAGGCAGCCACAGAUUUCUUUGAGGCUUUCAAGAACUAUGAUGAAGCUGGGAAUCAGAGACGCAUUCAAUGUCUUAAAUACCUUGUUCUGGCUAAUAUGCUUAUGGAAUCCGAAGUUAAUCCUUUUGAUGGCCAGGAAGCAAAGCCGUACAAAAAUGACCCUGAGAUUUUGGCAAUGACAAAUCUUAUAGCGGCCUAUCAACGAAAUGAAAUAAUAGAGUUCGAAAAAAUCCUCAAGAGUAACCGAAGGACAAUUAUGGAUGAUCCAUUCAUCCGAAAUUAUAUUGAAGAUCUGUUGAAGAAUGUCAGAACUCAAGUGCUACUUAAGCUAAUAAAACCAUAUACAAGAAUCCGGAUCCCUUUCAUAUCAAAGGAACUCAAUGUGCCAGAAAAAGAUGUUGAACAGUUGCUAGUUUCAUUGAUCUUGGAUAAUCGUAUUGAGGGGCAUAUUGAUCAAGUGAACCGGCUGUUGGAGCGCGGUGACAGAUCAAAGGGUAUGAAGAAGUACACUGCUAUAGAUAAAUGGAACACGCAGCUUAGAUCCCUGUAUCAAGCCGUCAGCAACAGGGUUUCCUGAGAUUGCAAGUAAAUGGUUAUAUGAUAUAUCUGAUUUCAUCGUUCAUUGAGGCCAUAAUAAUAUGCAUUCUCAAUUCUCAUAUUAGGUGAUUUAGAUAAGCAAUUCGGAAAAAGAAAAUGGUGUACCUAGAAUCGGAUGUUAUAUGUUUGGUUAGCCAAAGUUGUAGUUUUGUUGAAUGAGCCAAAAGAAGAAAACAUAUUUGCCUGGUUGCAAGAAUUUUGAUUAUGAGAUUGACAGUCGUAAUGUGAACAAUAGAAUAUGGAUUCUCUGCAUUAAGUGCAUAUAAAAUGUGGAAUGUUGAUGGCUGGUUGCUGUUGUCAA